AUGGUACAGCCCAGCGAGGUCCGCCUUUGGCUCAGACCGCUACUGACACCGCUGGCCCCGCUAGUGCCCCGGAGUGUCCGGCGGCCGUCCCGUUCGUUCGAUGUACUGCGCCAGGCCCUGCUGCUGGCCCUGCUGAUGCUGGUGUACUGCAACGGGCUGACCGCUGGUAGCUGGUGGCGCAUCGCUGACCUCUCACUGGAUGCGGGCCACUUCCACCGGGACAACCGCAGUUUCGAGCUGUGUGGUGACAGCAGCUUCUUCACACUGGCCCAGCGUGACAAGUGCUUCGAUAAUCCGGAACUACUGAAGGUGAUUGUACAUGCGGCCAACACGGCCAAAUACGAGUGCCAAACGUACUUCCAGAACAAUCGCUGGAACUGCUCGGCCAAGCGUGGUGCCACCAUCUUCUACGGGAACUUUGACGACAAAGGAAACCGUGAAACGGCCUAUCUGAGUGCCAUAAACUCCGCGUCAUUGGCGUGGACCAUCACCCGUUACUGCACCAAAGGCGAACUGACCACAUGCCACUGUGACCACAUCCAGCGCAAGAAGCACAGCAAAUGGACCUGGGGUGGCUGCUCGGAGGACAUCAACUACGGCAUCAAACAGGCGCGAAUUUUCACCGAUCCACAGGAAAACCGCACGACCAGCUUCGGGCUGAUGAACUUACACAACAACGAAGCGGCACGACGAAUAUUAAGGUCGAAGAUGGAAAAAGUCUGUAAAUGCCACGGAAUGUCCGGCUCGUGCACGACACGUGUCUGCUGGCGGCGGCUUCCCUCGAUGAAGCUGAUUGCAGACACGUUAGGCUCGAUGUUCGACGCAGCGGCCCAAGUGAAGCCAGUCGAAAACAAGGGUAUCAUAAAGAAGCUGAUGCGCAAGGACGUCGAGUACAAGAAGGUGAAUAAGUCCGAUUUGGUGUACAUUGCCGAGUCGCCCAAUUAUUGUGAAGAAAACGAAAGUUUGGGCAUCUUCAGCACUCGCGGGCGAUUCUGCAACCGAACAUCGUACGGCAUCGAAGGCUGCCGGCUGCUGUGCUGUGGUCGCGGCUAUCAAACGCGCGUUCGCAAUGUGGAGGAAAAGUGCAACUGCAAGUUCGUCUGGUGCUGCUCGGUGAAGUGUGACACGUGCAGUAUGCGCAAGGACGAGCACAUCUGCAACUGA